UCCCACUGAGCCCCCCAACUCCUCCUCUGCCCCCCCCCACCUGCCCCCCCCACCUCCUCCCCACACCUCGCCCAGCCUCGAUUCACACAUGGAGGAGGAUUGCGAGGGCGUCGUGCCCCCCCCUAAGCCCCCGCCCGCCGACUACCCCCCCCACCCGUCCCCACCGACAGACACGGACCCCCCCCCGCCUCCGCCCCCCGACUAUGGCUCCGGUCCCCGUGGGUUCCCGACUGCGGACCCCACAAAGACCCCCGUCGCCGCCCAGACAGGUGACCCCACACAAGAAGAUGCCGAUGAUGAGGAGGAGGAAGAGGAGGAGGGAGAGAUGUUUGAUUUUGAAGAGGGCGAUAACGUGGAGACUCGCACACCGCACCCCGCACUCACCACCACCGCCGCCCUCACCACUACCACACUCACUACUACCACACUCACCACCACUACCACUACCGCCACCACCGCCACCACCGCCACACCCACCGCCACCACUGCCACACCCACCACCGCCACACUCACCCCCCCAACCACGCUCACCCCAACCAAUGCACUCUCGCCCACUGGCCCCCGGCUCCCCACAACCCCCUUGGAGACGGCGGGGGGGGUCCCGGGCGGUGGGGACCCGACCCCCCCCCUGCGGGACGACUCGGUGCGCCUCCCCGUGGAGAGAGAGCGGUCUGGCUAUGAUGAGGAUGUGAGCGGGACUCAGGGUGCCGCGAGAGAUGAGCUUCACGAAGUCAUCUAUGACGACGUUCCUAUAGAGGCACAGAGCCCCACCUUAUCAGGUGUGGACCGCAUCUACGACGCGGUGUGCCCGGAGGGGCGCGGGGGCGGCGCGCGCGGCUCAGGCAGCGAGGGCUGGAGCUCCAGCGAGUUCGAGAGCUACAGCGACGAGGACGGCGCCGAGGGGGAGGGGCGCCCACCCCGCACGGGGGGGGCGCUCGCCCUGCCCGCCAACCUCCGCAGGUCCCGCCGACCGGUGCAGGAGCUGAUGCGGGCCGCGCGGGAUGGCACCAAGGACGGCCUCGAGAAGCUGGAGAAGACAAAGGCGGCCGUGCUGAAGCGCGGGCGCUUCUUCAUGCAGAGGACCUCGCUCAUCUCCCAGAGCCAGGGGCGACCGGCGGCCUCGGACGAGGACGACGUGCAGCUGGAUGUGAAGAUGGAGACGCUGACCCUGGGGCCCGCUCCCCCAGGCCUCUCCCAACAGCAGUUGAAGCGUCGCUACAUCCUCGGCUCGAUUGUGGAGAGCGAGAAAAGCUACGUGCAGACGCUGAAGGACAUCCACACGCGGUACGAGCUGCCCCUGCUGGAGGGUGAGAGCCGGCUGCUGAGCGAGCGGAAGGUGCGCGCCGUCUUCAGCGGCGUGCGCGACCUCCUGCAGUGCCACUGCAUGUUCCACAUCGCGCUGGGCAGCCGCGUCGCCCAGUGGGAGCUCACCGACUCCAUCGGUGACGUGUUCGUCGCCUCGUUCUCGCGCUCCAUGGUGCAGGACGUGUACAGCGAGUACGUGAGCAACUUCAGCACGGCCAUGGAGAUUGUGCGCAAGGCGAGCGCCACGCGUCCCGCGUUCCUCGAAUUCAUCAAGAGCUGCCAGGAGGCCAGUGCUGACCGCCACUCCCUGCAGGCGCUGAUGAUGAAGCCGGUGCAGAGAUUCCCCCAGUUCAUCCUCCUGCUGCAGGACAUGCUGCGGAACACCCCGCGGGGGCACCCCGACCGGCUGCCGCUGCAGAUGGCGCUCACGGAGCUGGAGACGCUCGCCGGGCGGCUCAACGAGCGCCAGCGCCUCGCGGGCCGGCGCAACGAGCUGCGCGCCGUCGCCAGCGCCAUCCACGACCGCCAGCUCGCCAAGCUGCUGGGCACCGGGGAGCGCUACCUGGUGAGGGUGGACGACGUGACGGAGAGCGUGGUGGGCGAGCGCCGCCUCAUCCUCAAGACUCGCCCGCGACGCCUCUUCAUGCUCAACGAUACCAUCGUGUGUGCCGGCCUCAACCCCAGGAUCCCCUACGACGGGAAUGGGAUGGUCCCGGCUGGGCCCCGCUUCACACUCAAGUGGAGCGUUCCACUGCGCCAGGUGCAGGUGUCGGGGGGGGAGUGCGACGAGGAAGGGGGUGCCGACAAGGGGGCCCCUCCCCCACAGCUCUCCGUGGACCCCAAAGGGAGUCACCUGUACUCGGGCCCCGCGCGUCUCUACGUGGAGCUGCAGGAGCUGCACAGCGACUUCCAGCUCAUGACCCAGAUCUCUCAGCUCACGGGCCAGCUCCACGGAACCUACGCGACGCUGACCCCAGCGCUGGUGCAGGAGUGUGCGGCCUCGGUGCAGCGACUCAUCCAGCAGAAGGAGGCCCAGAUCCGGGGCAGCGAUCGCUGCCGCGUGCAGCUGCAGCUGCAGGGGAAACCCGACAAGCAUGGCCGCCCCGUGUCGUUCGUCUCCGUCUUCCACUUCUCGUCUCCGGGAGCCAGGGCCUCGUGGCUGCGAGACCUCAAGACGGCAACGCUCUCACUCGAGGAUGCGAACCAAUGGGGUUGGUUUAGCGCAGAGGACGAGGACCGGCCACAGGCUCCACACAGGUGCCCGCUGCUGCUGUCCCACAUGCCCGUGUUCGAGGCCGGGACGCAAGACCUCAGGCCCGAGUGCGCCGUCUAUAACCCGGUUCCCUCGUCGAGCGUGGGGGAGGGGUGGCGGCACCAGCUCUCCCUGGGCCAGGGAACAAUCUGGAUAGGGAGUGGGGAUGCGUCGAUGGGCCAGCUCAGCGUGCUGUCUCUGGGCAACGCGGAGCCGCGCGUCACCGAGGGCUUCAGCGUGGAGGCGCGCGUCCUCUGCGCCGAGUUCGUCCCCGCACCCCCCGACCCCCCGACCCCCGGGGGCUCCCCCCCCGACCCCUCCACCUGGCUCGCCCUGGACGACGGCAGCGUGUGCGCGUACCGCAGCAGCCCCGCGUGUAAGAAGGUUCGUCUGUGGAGGGAGCCGACGCCCGGGGGCUCCCCCGCCGGCAGCUUGCGCUACGCGCACGGGCGCGUGUACGCAGGGCUACGCGAUGGCACGUUCGCCGUGUACACGCGCGGAGCCGACGCGGCGUGGGCGGUUCACGCGACCUUCUCGCUGGGCUCCCUCCCAGUCCCCGCGCUGCUUCCCGUGGGAGAGGCGCUGUGGGCCGCGUGCGGAAACCACAUCGCGGUGCGCACCGCGGGGGGAGAGGCGGCCACCCCGGCUGGGUUUGAGGCGCACCCGGAGGCGGAGGUGCACGUGAGCCAGGUGGCGCUGGCCGGCGUGGGCGUGUGGGUCUCCUUCUCGCGCGGCACCUCCCUGCGCCUCUUCCACACCGAGACGCUGGAGCAGCUGCAGGACGUCAACAUCGCCACGCCCGUCAACCGCAUGACGCCCGGUGGUGCGGCACAGUGGCCCCUCGUGGUGACGUGCCUAGCCAGCUGCCCGGGCCUCCUGUGGGUGGGCACGAGCCUGGGCCUCAUCGUCGCCCUGCCCCUCCCCCGGCUGGAGGGACUCCCCAAGCUCACAGGCCGAGGCAUGGUGGCGUACCACGCGCACAGCGGCGCCGUCACCUUCCUCGCCGUCGCCAUGGGAACCUGCGCCAACGAGGCAGGGGUCGAGGCGGCGGGGACUCCCUCCGCCACCGCCCCCCCGGGGUUCGAGGUGCACCACCCCCCCGACUCCCCUCCCCCCUGCGGCCCCGAGUCCCCCUUCGCCCUCGACGACGGGACCGCCCUGGGACCCGAGGGGGCGGGUGGCGGCGAGGGGGCGGAGAGGGGGGGGGACGUUGGUGGGGGGCGACGGGGGGCCCGGGCGGCGGGGGUCUCCACGGCCCUGGUGGUGUCGGGGGGACUGGGCUACCGCUCCCUGCCGAGACCGGGGGGCAAGGCCCCCCAGGGCCCCCCUCACUCCCAGCACAGCCUCAUGCUGUGGUACUACCCCGUGUGAGCUGCAGGGAUCGUGAGGACCCAAGGUGACCUGUUGGGGAUCACCUGUGGGGACACAGGGACCAGUGGAGACUCGUUUGGACCUAUGCAAAGGGAUGUGGGGACCCAAGGGAACCCGUUGCGACACAGGGGACCAUCGACAACACAUUGGGGAUGCGUGUAGACCGCUCGGGAUGCAUGGGGACCAAUUGUUGACUUAUGGGCCGCCCUGCCCUGGGGACCGAUAGGGACACCAGAUGAGCAGCAGGACCCAGUGGAGGCCAAUGGGCACAGGGGACCAGCGGGGACGCAUGGGGGACGCAAGGGGGACGCAAGGGGACACCGUGUGAGCAGGACCAUCAGUGGGGACCCAUGGUGGGGGGGGGUACUCUUGACACUACAACGCUUGUGGCAUAUAACCAAACCAAUGGGGCAGGGUUGCCUCUGGAGGGGUUAUAGGUUGUGGAUUCUUCCUCCACCCCUUGUGGAAUGGUCCGGUCCAUAGCUGCCUCUUCACUUGGGUCAGUCCACUCAUGGAGGAGGGGGGGGGAAUUCUCUCGAUGUUGGACGGAGCUAUCAUCACUUUUUUGCCGCUCGGAAUUUUAUUAAUCAAUUUUUACCCGCGGAAUUUUUACUCAGUUGCGCGACGCCACAGCGCCACCGCGGCGAGCAACCACUUGGGGUGUAUCCCACAUUAGCCACUUCUAACCCAAAUCCCUCACCCCGCUACUCAUCCCGAUUCCUCACCCCUAUUCCUCAACCCCCUCUCUUCACCUUGCUCCUCAUCUAACCCCACUCCUCGCCGUGUUCUCAAGCCACAACCGUGACGACCGCACGUGCGGCAUCAUUGGCAAACACGGCAGGCCGCCGCCGUGGCGAUAGCGGGCGAGGGAUGUGAGAGGUGCCUUCUAAACCACGAGGGUCGCGUAGGGGUCAGGGGAGGUCACGAGGGGGUCACGUGGAGCGCUGUUACGUGUAUUUAAACUUGUAGACGCUGGUGUUUGCGGCCGGGGCGCGCGUUAUGCCCGGGUCAGGGGGCGCGAGCGGCGUUAAUAAACUCUCGCUUA